UUGCAUCCAAUUGGGAUGUGCUUCAGAACACAUCUUCGCUGGAUACAAAAUUUUCCUUUCUCAUUUUUAGAGUGUACGGCUAUCCUGACUUUUGACCCUAACCAUUUUUUGCACGUGGACCCUCGACAGAUCUUCCGCCACGGGCAGCGCACCCCUGCUGACACCUAUCCGAACGACCCUUACGAGAAGUUCGACUUCGCCCCGGUUGGCUGGGGCCAGCUCACCCUGGCCGGCAAGCGGGACCAGUACGAGCAGGGCCGCUGGCUGCGCCGCCGCUACGGCCGCUUCCUGGGCGACGAGUUCCACCCCGACGUCGCCGAGGUCCUCAGCACGGACGUGGACCGCACCAAGAUGUCCGCCAUGCUGGCCAUGGCCGGGCUGUGGCCGCCCGCCCCCGAGCAGCGCUGGCACCCCACCCUGGACUGGCAGCCCGUGCCCAUCCGGAGCCAGCCGCUGGACCAGGACGACCUGCUGCUGGUGCGAGUGCCGUGCGCGCGCUACGACGAGCUUCGCGACGAGGUGAUGCAGUCGCCAAGGGUGCGCGCUCUACUCCAGGAGCACGGCAAGCUGCUGGACUGGCUGAGUGAGCAGACGGGCAUGAAGAUCGCUGACCCGGACGACGUGCAGUCCCUGUACAGCACCCUCAAGGCCGAGGACGGCUACAACCUCACGCUGCCCGAGUGGACCCGAGGAGUUUACCCGGAGGCUCUCGAGCACCUUACCGCCAUCAGCUUUGAGAUCAACGCCAUGACCCGUGAAAUGCAGCGGAUCAAAGGAGGUCCGCUGCUCAAGCGCGUCCUGGAGCACAGCGCCGCGCGCGCCGCCGGCUCGCUGCGCCCGGAGCGCCGCCGCAUGUUCGUGUACGCGGGCCACGACUCCACCGUGUCCAACUUCCUCAUCAGCCUGGGCGCGUGGGACACGCAGAUCCCCGGCUACGGCGUGCUGGUGCUCGUGGAGCUGCACGAGGACCCGGCCUCCAGCGAGUACGGCAUCAAGUUGUUCCUGCGAAACUCGACUGCCGUCCCUCCGUACGCGCUGCACAUUGAGGGGUGCGGCUUGUCUCACUUUUGCCCCCUGACCAGGCUGGCCGAGCUCACUCGAGACGUCAUCCCUACCAGCCUGAAGCGCGCCUGUGUGGCCAAGGACCCCAACUACACCCCUCUUCCUCCAUCUGGGCCCUAAAACAAGAUCACCAAAAAGACGCCUGGCCUCUUGAAGAAAUGAUGCACUAUUGGUAUUCAAAAUUGUUAACUCAAGAGAAAUACAAUUAUUUCUUUUAAUAUUAUUUAGAAUUUUACAUGAGUACAUAAUAAUGAUGACAAGAAAAUCAGAGCUUGACAGGUUUUGUACUUGAAUUCAUAAUAAAUGUAAAGAAAGUUCAAA